UGGUUGCUGUUAUAUUAUGGACCUCAUCCUGUGGAGUGUCUUGAAACAAUGUGGGAAACUGCUAAAUGUUUACCAGAGGGAGAUGAAUUUCCACAGAAGCUUGAUUCAGAUCAGUUUGAUAAUAUGGGUCAAAUGAAUAUAAGGGAAGUGGGCAAUUAUUACAAUGCAACAGCAUUGGAAGCCGACAAUGGAAAUGUUGAAAGUCAAAAGAAAUGUUUUGGCCUAGUAUACCCAGACCAUUGUGUAAAAUAUUAUGGCCCACACUGGAAAAAAUGUUUGGAAACUAUAUGGGAAUCUUCCUUAUGUCUUGAAGAAGGUACAAAACAUCCAGACAAAUUAACUGAAGAGGAAAGAGACCAAUAUGAUGAACUGAACUUGAGAGAAAUAAUACAUGAAUUUAAUACAACUCAGUCUCUUGCGGAUAGUGAUAAUGCAACAAAGCAGAUGGAAUGCUUUGGAUUAGUAUAUCCAGAUGGAUGUCUGAAAUAUUAUGGCCCACAUCCAUUAGAUUGCCUGGUCACAAUGUGGUACACUGCUUCAUGCCUCUUUGUAGGAACUUUCCAUCCCUCAAAAUUAAAUAUGACCAUGUUGAAAUGGUUCGAUAAUCUAAACAUAAGAGAGAUUGAGACCUUGUACAACACCACAUCUUCAAAAGCAGAUAAUGAGGACGUUGAAAGUCAAAAGAAAUGCUUUGGAAUGGAAUACCCUAAUCACUGCGUGAAGUACUAUGGGCCACAUCCACAUGAAUGUUUGGAAACAAUAUGGGAAUCAUUCAGAUGCCUUAACGAAGGUACCAAACAUCCGGAUAAACUAACACAGAUGGAAAUAUAUUCUUUCGACGGAAUGGAUCUGAGAGAAAUCAUUGGAAUAUAUACACCACUCACGACUCGCUGAUAGUGAUAACGCAACUAAGCAAAAUGGAAUGUUUUGGAAUAGUAUAUCCUGAUGGUUGCUUGUUGUACUAUGGACCUCAUCCUGUGGAUUGUCUUGAAACAAUGUGGGAAACUGCUUUAUGUCUUCCUGAAGGAGAUUUGUUCCUCAGGAAGCCUCAACCUUCCAAAUCAGUUUGAAACUAUGGGUCAAAUGAA